AUCCGACAUGUCACAUGACUGGUUACAUUAAUACUUUGUUUGGUGGAGAUAUAAACUUGCCAACAAACUUCAAGUUGAUAUUUAUUUGAUUCUGUUUAGCUGAAUAUUACGUGUUGUAGACAUUGGACAAUAGGUAGAUUGGUGUGUUUUGUGUGUGUUUAAAGUCAUUGACCUAGAUACCUUAUUAUUUGAGUUAAAUCAAAGAUAUAGUGAACAAAAGCUUAAGUGGUCAACAAAAUGGCGACUUUUUCGCAAACCACCAUUAAAAAAGGAUCUGACAUUGUCCAAGACUUCUUGUGUUCGACCUGCGAAGACGAGAAACGGCAAGAAUUGGCUGAUUUCUAUUGCGAAUCUUGCGUGAAGUUUUACUGCCAAACAUGUUUCCACUUGCACGGCCAGCUGUUUAAGAAACAUUCCCCACAUGGAAGGAGUGAUAUGAAGAAAUGGCCUAUUGCCAAGAAGGUGGAAGAUUUUCUUUUUAAAUGUGAUGUUCAUAAGGAAGAAAACUUGUCAAUGUUUUGCAAAGACCAUAGCCUGCUGUGCUGCAAUAAUUGUGCUUUCCUUAAUCACAGGCAAUGCAAAAUGGUGGUGCUGCUAUCAGACUUGGUAAAAAAUACCUCCACAGACCUAAAACAAGUAUCAAUUACUAUCCAAACUACUCUGGCAGAACUGAAGAAGCUUCAAGAAAGUCAGGAGGCUGCCAUGAAGUCUGUGCAAAUUUCAUAUGAUGAGCAGUUACAGAAGAUACAGGAAACUCGGCGAAAAAUUCUUGCAGCCUUAGACAUGCUUGAAAAGAAGACACUGCAGGAAAUGAAAGAUGCACUGACCAAACUGCAAGCCUCUCUAAAAAGUGAUGUUGACAAAUUUUCCACUCUUCGAGAUGAAUUAAAACAAUUUGGAGAUGCCAUACAGGACAUACAUGAUAAAGGCAAGCAGGAACUAUCUCUUAUAGCCAGUAUUAAAUGUCAGGACAAAAUACAGCAGUUUAAAAUGGAGAACUUUGUUCAAUUGAAAUCGUCAAUAAUUUUCAAGCCUAAUAGGGAAAUCGUUCAUUACCUUUCCAAGUUGUCAGGUAUUGGAAUGAUUGAACUCUGUACCGUGACAGACCUAAAAAUAAAGAUUAACGGAAAGUCUGAGUAUGAUGUACUUUUAAAAAAAGAGUCAAAAUGCAGUAUCAGAGGCAUAUAUGUUCUACCUAGUGGACAGGUCCUGGUUGUAGACACCGAUAAUCAUUGUGUCAAGCUGUUAAACCAGCAGUACCAGAUGGUGAGUCACUGUAGUGUACCUGGUGAGCCAACGUGCAUAUGUCAGUUCACACCCAGUGAAGUUGGUGUUACUGUCAAUUCAGACGGGUUCUGCAGUUUAGACUCAAAGGUCCAGUUUAUCAAAGUCAACAACAACCAGCUGGUGAAGGACAGAGAGCUCAAGUUUAAACAUUACUGUUAUGGUAUUGCCUAUGACAAGGGAGACCUGUUUUUAACCUCUGGUAGUGCACUGUACAAGUACUCGCUGGAUGGUAAACUAGUCAGCAAACUGCACGAUGAUGAUACCCCAAUUGAAUUGACAAGUAAAUGGACAGUAGCGUACUGUGCAUUGAGCCCGAGAGGUGACAAGUUGUAUAUCACAAACUCCACAUGUAACCAGCUCCUUACCCUUACCAGGGAUGGAUCAGUCCUUUCCAUCUUCAAUGACCCUGAAUUAGCAUGGCCUAUGUGUGUACAUGUGACACCUAAAGGCCAGGUACUGGUAUGUGGAACGAAAUCCAACACUAUCCUACAAAUUGACAGUACGGGAAAGCAUAAGCUGUCCACUCUGGCUACACGGAGGGAUGGGCUUCAGGGUCCAAAUUCAGUGUUCUAUAGCAGCAACACUGACUCCAUAAUUGUGGGACAGGAUGGUGGCAAGAUCCUUGUGUAUUCAGUUGGAGACGUGAACUACCCUUUCUGCCUGCAGUCUGUCUCUAAGCCCCUGACCUAUGCCAUGGCUCUCAAUGACCUCUCGCCGGAAAUAGUGCACGAGUUUGUCGGGCAGGAGCCCAGCGGAGUGACCUUUAACAGCCUGUCACUGGACUACAGAAAUAAACCUCACAAUCCUAUGAUCAACGCAGGAGCCAUUGCAAUCUGUUCUCUCUUAAAGCAGGGCGUCAACUUGGCCGACCGAUUUGAUUAUUGUUUUCCUGAAGGCACCAAUUUAAUGGAAGUAUUAGACUUCUAUUUCCAGCUUUGCUCACUUGAAGUCACCUGCGAGUCAGGCUCGGUAAUUGCAGCAGCGCUAGCCAAUGGUGGAGUGUGUCCUAUAACAGGUGACAAGAUAUUUUCAGCAUCCUCAGUCCGUGACACACUUUCGCUGAUGCUGUCUUGCGGGCUAUACGACUACUCUGGGGAAUUUGCAUUUAAGGUGGGUCUACCAGCCAAAUCCGGGGUCUCGGGUGUGAUCCUUAUCGUGGUUCCCAACAAGAUGGGCUUCUGUGUGUGGAGUCCGGCCCUCGACGUCUGGGGAAACAGUGUGCGUGGGGUCCAGUUUGCAAAGGACCUUGUUGCUAAGUUUAACUUCCACCACUAUGACAAUCUGAGAUUCACGCCAAAGAAGAUCGACCCCUGUGUGAAACAGAUUGAGUCUCGAGCUACGGACAUCGUCGGUCUACUCUUUAGCGCGUACAAUAACGAUGUAUCGGCACUCAAAAGGUACGCUCUAGGUGAUCUCAACAUGGAGCAGGCCGACUACGACGGUAGGACUGCGCUGCACAUCGGCGCAGCAGAGGGCCACGAGGCAGUCAUUAAGUUUCUGAUACACAAAUGCAAGUGCAACCCAAAAGUUACAGACAGAUGGGGAUUCACGCCAUAUGACGAUGCUGUAAGGUUUGGGCACAUGAGAGUAGCUCACAUUCUUAAGGAGGCAAUGGACAAUUUCAAUCCCGAUGAGAAGAUCGACCGCAGGUUGCAAGCCAUCGACAGUGUCACGUACAGCGAAAUUGCCUUCCAAAACAAUCGAGGUACCGGUAAUAUAAGUGGUGCUGCAGCUACUGACGAAGGAGUUGUGUACAAUAUUGACAAUCCUUACCCCGAGUUAGCAAAAGCGAAAGAUGACGAAAAUUCACCUAAAAAAUUGUAA